AUGUCGUCGUACAUCCAAAUAAGUUUCUUGUUAGCGAUGAUUUUAAACAUCCAUAUUCGAGAUAUGGUUGUCACUCAGCAAGUUAUAGGCGUAACUGGAACCGGUGGUGCUGGCGUGUUCAAUGGUGGCACUGGUGGCAUUGGUGGCUUCGGAGUCUUCAAUGGCGGUGCUGGUAUGUCAGGCUUUCAAGAUGAUGGCGGUGGUAUCGGCGGCCAUGGCGGUGCUGGUAUGACUGGCUCUCAAGGUGGUGGCGGUGGUAUCGGCGGCAAUGGCGGUGCUGAUAUGACUGGCUCUCAAGGUGGUGGCGGUAGUAUCGGCGGUCAUGGCGGUGCUGGUAUGGCUGGCUCUCAAGGUGGUGGCGGUGGUAUCGGCGGUCAUGGCGGUGCUGGUAUGGCUGGCUCUCAAGGUGGUGGCGGCGGUAUCGGCGGUACUGGUAUGCCGGGUCUCCCUGGUGGUUCAGGAAAUGGUGGUGGCGGCGGCGGUGGCGGUGGCGGCGGCGGUGGCGGUGGCGAAGUCAUUUCGCUUCGGGAUGAACGAUAUUUCAAACGACUGACCUCAUCGUCAUCAUCAUCCAUACCAUUCACGCAGUCAAAUCAAGAAAUGCGUCGUACUCCCUCCUCCCAUCCCAUCCUCCUCACACCUCCUCUUGAAAAACAACAAAACAACUUUCCAAUUGAAUAG